UAUCGAUUUAUACGGAUAUAAAAUACGUUUGAUUAUAGUGGAUCCGAUUCAGUAAGAGGAUCCUGGAAGAAUCGACUUCUCAUUUGAAAGUUCACGAUAACUAACAAGAACACAGACAGCAACCGUGAGAAGGACACAGGCAGCAACCGAGGACAAGACGGAACGCGACAUGCAAAUGGAAGGCUAUCGCGAUAAGAAGGUGGAAUGCAACAACCACGACCUACAAUACUGUGUUCACGACAUAUUGAGACCUUUGUUAAAAUGUAUGCAACUUUUCGGUAUCUACUAUGAUAGGUUGGGUAGCGGUUCAACUUCGCAUAGGCUUUCUAAAUUCAGCAAAGUAUACAGUGUCGCUGUUAUUGUGUUGGUUUGGAUUAAUGUAUUGAGAUAUAUUCCAUCGUUUUGGGUUGGAUUUGAUUAUCAGCCCAACCAUACAGUAAACAGAGUCAUCAAGCAAACGUGGCUUUUACAAUGUGCUGUUACUACAUCCAUAUUACUAUGGCACUGUCGGAAAGGAACUUGGAAUUCCUUCUACAACACGUGGUAUGGAAUCAUAACAACAGGAAGUUGGUCAAAUUAUAUCAACAAGAAAACCAAGAAAAUGCGGAGAAUAUGUAAAAUAUUUCUCUUUCUAGGCAUCAUCUAUUUUAUUUUCAGUAUCUUGUCUACGCUGCUCUCGGAAAUUUUGUUCAACAGUUCUGUCAUGCUUACUAAUCCGUUUCCGGCAAAUGUUGAAAGCGCUAUAGCGAUUGCGAUAUUUGAAUUAUUCGACGUUUCUGCUUGGAUAUUCCCGGCUAUGUUCAUGAUAGCCAUGUGUUACUGUCUUAAGCUGGCAUUCUCCAUGGUGAAAUUGUGUUUAGAGAGCUCGGUACAGAAACUCCAGGGUUUUCCGGACAAUUUAAAUGACAUUCGACAUAUUCAUUUAAAACUGUGCCGAAUGGUUGAACAUCUCGAUAAACCGAUUAGCUUGUGGAUAGUCAAUGUGGUGGGAUGUAACGUGUUUGUAGCCUGCUUCAUCAUGUAUGAUCUGGUAAGAAGUGGACAAAAUGAACUCGUGGUCAUUAUCUUAAAAUGCUCCUGGCUGACCAAUAAUAUCCUGACAGUUUUUAUAACUUGUUGGUUUAUGGCUGCUGUCAAUGAAGAGGCUCACUCGCCAUUAGAAUAUAUCUAUGACAUAAAGACAGAUGGGCUGUCAACACAACAACUAGGGCAAUUGACGUUAUUUUUGUCUAAAUUAACUGGUACAUCAAUAGGUUUUACAGCCAUGGGAUUUUUUACUAUCACAAAAGAAGUUAUAUUAACGAUUGGUGGUUUGUACCUGACAUAUUUCUUUCUGUUGCUACAGUUUAAAAUCAGUUAGUUGGUGAAGAAGACAGCCGAUGAAGAAGACAUAUAAAGCCGCCAAAUGACUAUUAAGAACUGAAAAAAAAUCCGCGAUAUAGCACAGAACGUGGGGAAAGAGUGUAUUGUGUCAAUUGAAAUGUAAUUUAAUUUACAAUGGGUUUAAAUCCAGGGUAGCGCCUGUGGCUGAACGGAAUUGUGUUUGUCGGGAUGGGCACAUUUUCAAUAUUAUGUGUUAAAAUGUGGAAGAUUGUCAAAUUAACUGUACUUUGUUGAGUUUCUUUUCAAAUUUUAGGGCACAGCUAUAUUAUGUCCAAUAGGUCGCGGAUUCGCAAACGGUGUUGGCCGAGAAAGUUCUUUUUCUUUUAAAAAAAAUAUUGUCUAUACAUGUAUUUCAUUUCUCAGAAAUAACCAAAUAAAAGUCAUUUUCUUCUCAAAAA